CAUUGGAGCAGUUGGCCGCGGUAUUCAUCCUUAAAACAUCUCAGGAAUGUUGAUAUCCUCUCUCAUGUUGGGAGGCUGAACACCUGAUGGAGGCGCUAUUUCAUGCCGCUGCCUGUCAGGUUGCUAGGUUAGAUCUGACUGGGAGGUGAAGUCAAACAAUCCACACCAGUGCAGGUUAUUUCUUGAGAGGAAUGAGCAAGUGAGUUCAACCUGCCACCAUAGUGUGUCUUGACUAUGCAUCAUCAGCACACUAGUUUGAAUUUAAAGUGAGGAAACUGGGGGGGAAACAGGCAUAACACGCAGCAAACUUUAUUUAAGUGCCUUUUCAAGAUAUGACUUUUAAUGGAAAACGGGAUCCGCUCCGCACCGCUGCCUCACCAAACAGCCGCAUUUCCUCUCGACUUUGAUGCGCAAAGACGCAAAACAAAGAAGGAUCUGUCUGCUGCAGGUAGACACCGUGCUCAGGUAAUGUAACAUGAAACUGACCCAUGUGACCAAUGGCGAUUUGAAGAGCGGAUGGGAAAAAACUGCUUUACAUAGAAACCAACAGGUAGUCGAGUCUGCGUUGUAGUCGAGCAAAGAGAGGAUCCAAGUACUGCGGUUAUAACACGGCAAAUAUUUAUCCAGCCUCCAGCACAGAGUCUUGGGUGUUGGUAGCCACUGUCUUGGGAUUGGGCUGCUCGUUACUGCCUCAUUUAUGACAAGGUGCGACGGAAGCAACAUGGUUCAUUCGUGAGGAUCUAACCUGGCCCAUCUCCGGUUUUGCUUCGAUCACCUGCAAACAGCCAGAUUAAGGGGCCUGGACAAACAAACGGUGAAUGUUGGACCUGAUGAAAUGGGCCCGAGCUGAUGCCCUGCGGUCCCGUUGCCAGUCUACCCUCGCUAGGCCCUCCUGGUCCCAGGUAGAGAUGGCAGCACUCCCGGAUGUACUGGCCAUGCCCGGGCUCUUGAUUGGGAGUGUCCUGGUGCUGGUUCUGGGCAGUAAUCCUGUCUGGGGGAAUUUUACCACUCCUACAGGCCGCCCUAGUAACAAUUCAACCACUGGACCCAACAUCGCAGCUAUUGUGGCCCCGACCGUCACUCUAGGUGUUCUGGCCAUAGCCUUGGGUGUUUUUGCCUGGCUCUUCCUGGUGGUGAAAAAGAAGAGGCAGACUGAGGGGACUUACAGACCCAGUGCUGAGGAGCAGUCUGGGGCGCGCAGCGUGGAGACACCAGAUGCACUCAAAUUACCAAAGGAGGAAAGACUCAUUUGAAACGCCGUGCCUUCAUCCUCCUGCAAAGUCACAGUAAUUUUAUCAGGAUGUUGCCUACAGACGCGAGUGUGGCUGCGUUCCUGUGUGACGAAGCUCUUUCCUUUGAGCUGAGCGAUAAGAGAAGGUCAAAAUCUCUCCAGGAGAAAGCGAGGAUGGGGACUCCAUCAUUUACAAAAAGACACACUGACUUACUCACUACUUCAUUUCAACAAGCUCUGACUGUUUCCUGUGUGGUACUGUGAGCAAAAGCACAGGAUGUGUAUGGAAGUGACAUGGAUUUUACGAAGAAGUUAAUAUUUCAAGGAGCGUCUGGACAGUCUUUCAGCAAAUGAAAGACGAGCUACAGUUGUUUAUCACGAUUGCUAAUCAUAUUUUACAAACAUUGUCAUGUCUUGGUUGUUGUAAAAUGCAUUUACCAUGUAAUUUCAUAAUUGGCAGUCUGAUUCUGUGCAGAGCCAAGCUGCUAUUAUCUAUGGUAGCUAAAAACACGCAAAAUUGAACAUGAAUACUAAUAUACGUAUGCAUGGUACAAACAUAUGGUACCAUAAGAAUUAUCAGAUAUGCACAGAGUGAUUAUGGGUUGAAGUCCUGAUUUUGAUUUCUGAAAUCAUUUCACUAGCGAAGAUUAAGCUGAUUUUUUUUUUUUUUUUUUUUUUUACCUCACACUCAUGUUUUACUACUGAAAGUCCUGAGAAGAGUAUUGUAUUUGAAACUGAGAUAAAUAUUUCUUGUCUCAGUGGGAAAAGUUUUAGAAGGGUUGUGUGUUAAACAACUGAGUUUAUGAAAAUGAUAUCAAGCAAAAACAAAUAAUUGUUUACACUGAAAAUAUAUUUUUUUAAAUUCUGGUAGUCAUGCUAAAUUAAUGUCAUUAUUUGUAGUCUCUAAUUUCAUGGCAGAUCAACCACUGUGUCUUGUAUUUCAUUCAUGCAGAAAUGUUUUAUAGUAUCAUAGCAUGUUUAUGUGUAUGAAAAACAAAUGUUAGAAUAUUUGUAGAAUAUUUGGAUCAAAUAAACGUUGUAAAUAAUUACAUGAGUUUAAAGUAACAUCUUGGGAAUCACAUCACCCUGUUCAAAUUUCAGAGCUUUCUUUAAAACAGGUGGUUAUAAAAAAAAAUGUCCGAAAACAAAAUAUGUAUAGCUGAAUCUCAGAAUCAGAUGUGGCGUGUGGGAGGCAGUUAGUAGUAAUUUUUGUCAUCAGAAUACGCUCAUUAGGAAAAAAG